AUGUCAAACUCCAAAUCCAAGUUCCGCAGUCUACCCCGCGCCCCGAGGCCUUUGACCUGCCCAUACAAGGGAAGAUCUCUCCUCCAAUCAUCCCAAUUAAACAAAGGCUCGGCCUUCCCAGACCAUGAGCGAUCAACAUUCAAGCUCCACAGUCUUCUCCCGCCAAACAUCCAAACACUGGACGAGCAAGUUCAGCGCGCGUAUCAGCAGUAUCAAAGCAGACCAGAUGACCUAGCCAAAAACACCUUCCUAGCUAGCAUGAAGGCCCAGAAUGAAGUGCUGUACUACAAGCUCGUGCAAACCCAUCUCAUGGAGAUGUUCAGCGUGAUAUACACGCCAACCGAGGGAGAUGCGGUUCAGAAUUACUCGCGGUUGUUUAGGAAGCCGGAAGGGUGUUUCUUGAAUAUCAAUGACCAGGAUCACUUUGAAGAGUAUCUCGCUGAGUUUGGGACUGCGGAUGAUGUUGAUUAUGUCGUUGUCAGUGAUGGGGAAGGGGUGUUGGGCAUUGGGGACCAGGGUGUGGGCGCCAUUCUCAUAUCGGUUGCCAAACUGGCUAUUACCACGCUCUGUGCUGGAAUCCAUCCUUCACGACAGCUUCCUGUUGUACUGGAUUGCGGGACAGAUAACGAAAGGUUGCUUAAUGACGAACUGUAUCUAGGCCUCCGACAGCGCCGGGUCAGAGGGGAGAAAUACGAUGAAUUUGUGGAUCGAUUUGUGAAGGCUGCCCGCAAACGAUUCCCUAAGGCCUACAUCCACUUGGAGGAUUUCGGGCUCUAUAAUGCACGGAGGAUACUCAACAGGUAUCAGUCACAGAUACCCUGUUUCAAUGAUGACAUCCAGGGCACGGGGUGUGUUACACUCGCUGCCAUGUUGGCUGCCCUUCAAGUCAGCCAAGUCAAACUGGAAGACGUGCGAGUAGUGAUCUUCGGCUCUGGAACGGCUGGUAUUGGCAUUGCCGAGCAGAUUUCAGAUACCAUCGCCACUGAGACAGCAAAAUCAAAGGAUGAAGCAUCCAAGCAGAUCUGGUAUGUCACCGCGAGACAGGGAGACAACACCCCUGCUAAAACUGUUCUUUCAUCUAGGUGCAUCGACAAGCCCGGUCUGCUUGUAAAAUCCCUCGGUGACAAGCUGACAGAAGGCCAGCAAUUUUUCGCACGAGAUGAUAAAGAGUGGUCGGACGGUGACCGAGGUCUGCUUUCGGUCGUCAAAAAGGUACAUCCCCAUAUGCUUAUCGGGACAUCGACCAAGCCCGGAGCAUUCACCGAAGAUAUAAUUCGUGAGAUGGCCAAGAACGUAGAGCGACCAAUUAUAUUCCCCCUCAGCAAUCCGACACGACUCCACGAGGCGAAGCCAGUUGAUCUCUACAAAUGGACCGAAGGGCGAGCCCUCGUUGCCACAGGCAGCCCAUUCCCACCAGUAACCUAUAACGGUACGGAACAUGACAUCGCGGAAUGCAACAACUCAACUUGCUUCCCAGGCGUUGGUCUUGGAGCAGUCCUCUCGGAGUGCCGCCUCCUGUCCAAGAAGAUGCUAGUCGCUGCCGUAAAGGCACUCAAGGCACGGUCGCCCGCCCUGAAAGACUCCGAUAAGCCGUUGCUGCCCGAUGUGCAAGACGUACGUGAUAUCAGUGUGGAUAUUGCCGCGGCUGUGACCUUAUCUGCCGUCGAGGAGGGACUUGCGCAGGCCGAGGGCAUUCCUACCACGGACUCCGAGCUGCGAGAAUGGAUUCGAAUCCAGAUGUGGGAGGCCGAGUACCGGCCUCUGGUCAAUAAGUAUUAA